AUGGUCUUUUUUAGGUAUCGAGGACUAAUUCUUAUGCUGACCUUCCUAUGCUAUACCACUUUCCAUCUCUCACGGAAACCCAUUAGUAUUGUAAAGAGUGAGCUGCAUUAUAAUUGUUCCUCACGAGGACCCAAUCCAAACAAUGGUUCAAACAGCACGACGUGGUGUGACUGGGAGCCCUUUGAUCAGGACAACUAUAAGGAACUCUUUGGGGCUCUGGACAAUGCUUUCCUGGUGGCCUAUGCUGUAGGAAUGUAUAUCAGCGGGAUUUUCGGGGAGCGCCUCCCAUUGCGCUACUACCUCUCCGCGGGCAUGAUCCUGAGUGGUCUGUUUACAGCUUUGUUUGGCCUCGGCUACUACUGGAACAUCCAUCAACUCUGGUACUUUGUGGUUGUGCAGCUUUUCAACGGCUUGGCUCAGACAACUGGCUGGCCUUCAGUGGUGACGUGUGUUGGCAACUGGUUUGGAAAGGGGAAGCGCGGCUUGAUCAUGGGCAUCUGGAAUUCACACACAUCUGUCGGGAACAUCUUGGGGUCCUUGAUUGCUGGCACCUGGGUGUCCACUGCAUGGGGCCUGUCAUUCAUCGUGCCAGGGAUCAUCAUAGCCGCCAUGGGCGUCGUCUGCUUCUUGUUUCUCAUCGAAUAUCCUGAAGACGUUGACUGCAGCCCACCCCUUCACCAUGUUGCCAAUUCAGAUGAGAAAGGUCUUGAAGCAGGUAGUUCCAUCAGUGAUGGGAGCUUGAACGUCUCCACCAACAGUCGGGAAAACAUAAUCGAUGUGUCUGAAAAUGUCAAGGAAUCCACAGAGGACCGGGAAGCUAUCAGUUUCAUUGGUGCCCUCCGGAUACCAGGAGUGGUGGAGUUCUCUUUCUGCCUCUUGUUCGCCAAGCUCGUCAGCUACACGUUCCUCUACUGGCUGCCCCUCUACAUUGUGAAUGUGGCUCAUUUGACAGCAAAAGAGGCCGGAGAUAUGUCCACUCUCUUUGACGCUGGCGGCAUUGUUGGAGGCAUCCUGGCCGGCCUCAUCUCUGACUACACUGGUGGCAGGGCCACCACAUGCUGUGUGAUGCUCAUUGUGGCUGCUCCCAUGCUGUUUUUAUACAACCACAUUGGUCAGAAUGGUCUAGCCAUCUCAAUAGUCAUGUUACUCAUCUGUGGUGGCCUUGUUAAUGGACCUUACGCUCUCAUCACAACAGCAGUUUCAGCUGACUUGGGUACUCAUGAAAGUCUCCAGGGUAAUGCAAAGGCCCUCUCCACGGUUACAGCAAUCAUAGAUGGAACUGGAUCUGUAGGUGCUGCUCUUGGACCUCUGCUGGCAGGUGUGAUCUCCCGUUCCAGCUGGGACAAUGUCUUCUACAUGUUGAUAACUGCUGACGUGCUGGCAUGCCUACUCCUUUCCCGUGUGGUAUUCAAAGAAAUCCGUGGAUGGUGUGGCUGCUACACUAGAAAACGAGGGUCAACCACUUUUUGAGUAGGCAUGCGCUCUGGGGCCAUAAGUCACGGUUUAAAGAAUUUUGACGUGGCCUACAUGACUGGAGAAGGACGUGGAGAGAAUGGGGAAGAACACUACGAAGCAUGUCAGUUUUGUUUUCCCCUGCCCCACGUUCACAGUGGGAGGAAUUAACGAAGCUGAAACGGAACACACUUGAGAAACGAAGUGAACUCUCUUCCGGAAGACCAGCCAAGCUGAUCACCAGCUACAUUUUUGUCUGUCUGUUUUUAAAUGACUGACACAGGGGAGCAGGAGGAAUGAUGUAGCAAAGCCAAGGGCAAAUGUAAAAGGUGUCUUCAGGAUCCAUAUCAGAGCCCAAGGCCUCUUGUUUUGUAUCAGUCGCCAGUUGCACCCCUUUUGUUAUUGUUUUUUUAAUUAUUAUUAUUAUUAUUAUUAAAAAUGGUGUGGAACCAG